AUGAGUACCACUAAACAGGAGAAUGUCAAAUGGGUUGAUGGCGUUCGAGGUUUCGCAUCUCUCCUCGUGGUAUUUACACACCUUUGCCGUUCUUUCGAUGAAGAUAUAUUCAAACCGACGUCCGCCGAUGGAGCAUCACCGCGCAUAGUCCAGCUACCCAUCAUCCGCAUCCUAUUCCAAGGAAGAGUCGGAGUGACCAUUUUCUCACUUGUUACGGGAUAUGUGUGCGCUCUGAAACCAAUCCGGCAAUUCCGAGCGGGGAAUCAUGAGGCUGCGUUCACCUCCAUCUCGAAAAGUGCCUUGCGACGGAUACCAAGGCUUUUUCUACCCACGACAAUCGCGACGGUCAUCAUAUGGUUCAUCUGUCAAUUGGGGGCUUUUAAUGUGGCAAAGCACAGUGAUAGUUGGUGGAUCGAUCAUACAUCGCCUAAUUCCUCUUCGAACAUUGGGGAAGCUUUGAAGCAAUUAAUAUAUCACAUUAUUACGACUUGGACGAAUCAAUGGAAUAUUUACGAUGCCAAUCAGUGGACAAUGCUUCCUCUGCUCAAAGGAAGUAUAUGGAUAUUCAUGUUGAUGAUUGCAACGGCAUACGUCAAGCCAAGGUACCGAAUGAUGGUGGAAAUGGCAUUCUUCACCUACUUCUAUAUCUGCAACGACCCAUUCGGAAUGCAAUUCUUCUACGGCGCCUUCCUCUCGGAUUUGUCGCAGUGUCCUGGCCACAUAUCCUGGUGCCAAGCCCGCAAAUGGACGUCUAGAUUCCUGGCACCACUUCUGAUCUUCCUCGGUCUCAUUCUCGCAUCUUACCCCGAAGACGAACCUCAAUGGAUCCGCUGGUCUGAAGUCAUGAAGAGAAUCGCAGCUUGGAUAUUUCCAGGCGAUGCUAAGACCGCUCGAUUCUACUCUGGCAUUGGCCUGCAAUUUGUCACGCUCGGUAUCCAUUUCUCCCCCUCUGUCAAGAACGGCCUUUCGAACAAGUACCUGCUGUGGUUUGGGAAGAACUCGUUUGCGGUUUACCUGAUACACGGUACCCUUUUGAGGACUGUGCUUGUGUGGCUGUAUUACGGCGUGCAUGUGCCUGCAGAUACUAUGGUUGAGGAUAAGCUAGAGCCAGGAAUGUUGCCUAUCUGUGGAAGGGCGAGGUUCUGGUUUUGGUUGCCGAUUUGGUUUGUUAUGUUGUAUUCGUUGGCGAAUCUCUGGACCAAGUACGUCGAUGCAUGGUGUGCGAGGGUGACGGAAAAAUUGGUGAAGUGCGUUUUUCAGGAGCCGAAUGAAGAUUUGGAUGCAGAGAAGAGGCUUCUGCCUCAGUGA